CCAGAUAGCCCCGCUAUUAUUAGCUACACUCUGCGACUGUUCAACUCCAAAACUUCAAUCUUCACGAUCGAUCAUUCACACAGCACGAAUCUGGCUCUGCCACCGCCAGCUACUUUAAUCUACAAGCGCGCUUCCGCAUAUAACUGAGCCUUACUUGAAAUACCCACUCUUCGAAUUCGCCCACGAUGUCGGAACGCAAAGUACUACAGAAAUACUACCCUCCCGACUUUGAUCCGAGCGCUCUUCAGCGUCGUCGUGGUCCCAAGAACGCUGGACCUCGCAUUCAGCAGGUUCGCAUAAUGUGUCCAUUUACUAUGCGAUGCACACGAUGCGGCGCCUUCUCAAAUCGCGGUUUGAAGAAGAACGCUCGCAAGGAGACUCCGCCGGACGAAAAGUACCUAGGAAUACAGAUCGUUAAGCUCAGUUUCCGGUGUUCGUCCUGCAGCUCGGAGAUCAUCAUCAAGACCGACCCAAAGAACCAAGACUACGUUGUUGUCAGUGGAGCGGUGAGGAACAAUGAGCCGUGGAGGAAUCGCGCGGCUGAGGAAGAGAGCGUCGAACAACGUCUGGACAGGUUGGAAAGAGAGGAAGCAGAAGCCGCGGGCGAGGAAGAAUUGGACAAGAUGGAAGAGCUGGAAGCCAAGAACCAGGAUGCUCAACGAGAAAUGGCCGCUGCCGAUGCCUUGGACGAAAUCCGACACAGAAACGCUCGCAUCAACCGAUCCGAGAAAGAAGGUGUGGAUUUUGUAGAUACUAUCGUACGAACAGAAGACGAAGAGAGAGAACGACAGGAAAAGGAAGAUGAAGAAGCUGCCAAGGCGGCAUUCGCUGCGGCACGAGCUCAGGUAGAGAGUUCUACGAAGGUUGCCGAACCAGAAGAAACACCUAUUGAGCCGCAAGCCCCAGCGCCAACCUUUAAGAGGGCGGUUAAGAAGAAGAAAGACCAUGCAGCUGCUCUGGGACUCAAAAAGAAAUCGUCAUGAGGGAAAGGACAAUGGGAAAAUUAAAUAACUAAUUGUAAUGACGAUCAUGGAUUUUGGCGCAAACAUAGGGUCACAUUAUGUUCAAUUCAACAUCAAGAGAAAAAGUAUUGAUCAGAUAAUUCGUUCAUAUAUCAUUCCGCUAGUCGUAGCAAAUAGCUAAAUGCUAUAUUCUCUUUCCUCCACUAAUGUCUGUGUGUCCCUGUUCCCGCUAUGUCACAGUGCUACUCUCGCAGCUCAUAAAUCCUCGACCAUAAACGCCUUGCAUGUCGUGUUUGCUUGUAAAGAGAAGAACUUUGAAAAUAGGCCAUUUCGUCAUAUAAAAAUGAACUUUUUUAGGCACCAGUACGCCGUAAAUAAUAUGUUGUUUCAUGAGAGAAGUGUGAUGAUGAGGCCCUGGCUCAGAAGGGGCUGGGGGCAGCUUCGCCACCAUUGACGUCGCGAUUGAUGUCAUGCCCCAACAGCCAAGGCAGAACGACAAAAAAGUGAGAAGUAGAACUCAUGAUAGGAGUGGAGUUCUAGAAUUGUCGUAUUCUCGUCAUGAUUUAUGAGUAGUUGGGGCUUGUGUGGCCGUUUGUCAUGCCAGACGAACGGGCGCGCUGAGCAGUAGCGUUGGUUGGGGGUGGGCUAGCACCGGAAGCCUCCAUCUGACGCUUUGUGUGGUCGUGCAUGAAACGGGAGUAGCUUGAGAGGUUUGUAGGAGGAGGGGGAGACAUGGACAUGGAGACGGAGCCGUAGUCUGAUCGAGCGGGCAUGAUGAAGGUGUUUUGUGGUGUUUGUGUAAGAGGAUUGAGACGAGGUUGAGUUGCGUGAUGAGUGAUGAAUUAUCGACUGAAGCAAGUGAGUCGAAUUGUUGAAUUGAAUAGGCUAGUGGUAAACGCCGGCUUGAAAGAGGAGAGUUUAUAAAUUGAGGCUGCUGAGUAGCUGAAGUUGUUGUGAUUGUCGUUGUACUGAUUGAUGAUGAGAAUCAAAAUGGAGAGGGGAUGUCAGGGUCUUAUUAUACCACAAACUUUA